GAUAAGAACAUAAUUAAUUCAUCCUGAAUCCACUUUAACGGUGGGGAUCGCCAGCUAUGGCGGCCGCCAUCGAGGAACCCCGACUCAUAACACGCCAUCCCUUUGCGCGAGAUCCAGCGGUGCGACUACGGGGCAAAUCCAAACCGAAGGGUGUGCAACGAGCGAGGCUCAAGCAUCGCACUAUAAUCGAGCAGCAAGCCGCAGCAGAAGCAGAAGCGAGACACCAAGCAGCAAUCGAGCAAAAGACCGAGCCCGAUCUCAUAGAUCGAUUCUUCGCGCUCCCUUCAGAAGUCCGAAGUCAUGUCUACCGUCUACUGUUAGUACAACCAUGCAAGUUCAGCUUCAAUCACACCUUCCAAUGCAAGCGAUUCUCAUACGAAUACCCGGGUCCAGCCCAUACCGCCACUGGUCCAGAAAGUAACAUGAACUUCGCCUGCGCCGACUGUCGAUGGUAUGCUUGGGGCCGGCGACUCCCCGUCUUUGUUUCUCCCGCGCGCAGCCAAUGGUCACCCCCGAUGACGAACGAGUACAUGUGCGAUAACUGCUAUUCGGAGAAUAUCCGGGCCAAACGAGAACCACAUCCCACACUGCGGAAUCUCAAGUGUCUCUGUGCGCGACGCCAGAAUCUUCAUAUUUUCCUCAUUAACAAACGGUUUUAUGAAGAGGCGUCGCAUGUAUUCUGGACGGAGAACUGGUUUGCAUUUGAGAACCCGACGAUUCUGAUUGAUUUUCUGUCAUGUAUCCGGCCGCAGACUCGGUCGUUGAUCACCAAGAUCUCGUUUAUGAUUGAUCCGAAUGAGGUCGGUAUGAAUCUGGAUCGGAAAUACGUGCAGCAGUGCUGGCGGUUGUUGUGGUUGUGUGAUGGGUUGAUGGAGCUGGAGCUGGAUCAGUUCUUUCUGUCGAAUGUACAAUGGGUCCUGGGAAUGAAGAAUAUUACGCCGAAGAGGCGGAUUGCGUUCAUGAAGACGCCGGACAGGGCGGAGAUUGCUUAUUUGAUGACGUAUGACCAGCGCAUUUGGCAGGGCGUUUCGAGACGGCAGCUUGUGCGAAAUAUAUUAGCGGACACACUGGCUGAAAGUAUGUUGAGGCGGAGACCGAUGAGGGCGAAGGCAUUGCGGGCGCUGUUUGACAAGCAUCUGCGGAGAGAGAAUGGAGAGAUAAGUACUGAUGAAGACUGAGAUGUUGUCCUAGGGCAGGCCGGGGCACAUAGACGUGCCAAUAAUGACUGGAUGUAUAUUACCAUAAUACUCACGAAUCAAUAUCACAUAAUUCCAUCGAGCUGAACUUCACGCUGGGUCUGGAAUACAUGGAGAAGAAAGCCAGGCAUAGGUAUCUGUAGCAGUUUUAUAUUCCACUCGUCUUUACUACGCUCAGUUUAUAUCCAUCAAUGCCAAUGGUAAAGAAUUAUUUCUCCACCUCUUCUAUACUAGGUCAAAUAUAGCCAAUGCAGGGAUGUGUUAAUUGUUCUUUUGUUUGCUAUGAAGACUACACUCUCGUAGUACAUCGUGAAAACUUAUAUUUCUACUAGGUCAGUGCUUGAAUUCUAUCACGACAUAUAAAAAGCCAAUCGACAGAUCCGUGCACGGGGCAACAUGUCCACUUCGUCGAAAUUCAUACGCUCCACGGAAGAAUAUUC